AUGUUGGAUGAAGAAUGUCUGGGUAAGGCAGAAGGGGGAGCUAAGGAGGGCCUGAGGCCCCCCAGAUGUUUGGGGACAUGCAGAAGGCUGCAGAGCUGGCCAAGUCUUGCCAGGUGGCUGCAGAGUCAGCCCAGUCCCUACAAGCCGGGAGCUGGAGCCUCCAUCCAGGCAGCGCCUGAGCCAGGUCCAGACAAGCGGGCCAAGUCCCUGAGGCUGUCCCUGGGACCAGAAGGCGUAACCAGAGGGAAGCAUGGAUGUAAAUUCCAGGGCAUAAGACAAAAGCUCAUCCUAUCUAAGAAGAAGGAGCUGAAAAUGACUUUUUAUAAACGCUUGAAGGACGCUGUCUCAUACUGA